AUGCGAAGUGGUGCUGAAAAUUUUUGGGCCAAACUGACUUGCGCAAAUCAGAGCAAACAUCUUUUACAUUUUUUCUUCUCAUUUCUUCUUAAACCAAAAAUCAUUAUCCCUGUCGGCCCUUUCAUAUCUAUCUAUCUAUCUAUCUAUCUAUCUAUCUAUCUAUCUAUCUGUUUCACCUAUAAAUCACUCUCUCAACUGGCCACUUCUGAUCUAUUGCAACUUGUUUAUCUAUCUAUCUAUCUAUCUAUCUAUCUGUUUCACUCUAAUCUAUCUAUCUAUCUAUCUAUCUAUCUAUCUGUUUCAGUCUAUAAAUCUCUCUCUCUCUCUCUCUCUCAAUGGGCCACUUCUAAACUACUGCAAAUUGUUAUCUAUCUAUCUAUCUAUCUAUCUAUCUAUCUAUCCAUCUCACUUCAGUCUAUAACUAAUGUAUCAAUGGGCCAAUCCAAAAAUGCAACUUGUUAUCUAUGUUAUCUAUCUAUCUAUCUAUCUAUUGUAAUCCUUGAAAAGAUGCCGACCAGUCCAAAUGCCAGAUUUUGUCUGUUCCUUGAUAAGUUUGACAAUUGCCGAGUACAAUUCACCGUUGAACGCAGUCCCGGUGGCAAACUCAAAGUUACAGCACUAACAAUAAAAGAGUGUCCUUCCAUUUAG